UGAGAUGUACGAACUUCCGGUUCUCCCGGCAGCUGCUGCCACUGCCGCCUCUACCACCUGCUGCGGCCGGGCUUCAGCCCAGGAUUUGAUCACUCCUUCCUCUUUCUCCGCAGCGCCCAUGGUGCCUCCUGGAGCCAGGGCGCCGGGCCUGGCGGCUCCCGCGUGGUAAAAGGGCUGUCAGGGGACGAUGAAGGCCCGGCGCUGCAGCUGCUGCUUCUGCCGCAUCCUGACCUCCGCCCUCCUGCUGCUGCUUCUGCUGCCAGGGUUCAGAGGGCCCUUGGCGGUGCUGCUGCAGGCGGCGGAGGCGGCGCCAGACCCUGGCCCUCCUAAAGAAGGGCCACGAACCCUGCGGCCUCUGCAACCCGGCCCCACAGCAGCCCACUCUCAGGGCCGCGCUCCAGCCGAAGCCACUGGGCCUCAGGGGGCUUUGAGCGGCCAUGGCAACAGCACCGGGGCGGGGAUUGCCGCGGACGACCAAGGAGGGAAGGCAGGGGAGGAAGGCUCAGUGGGUGGUGGCCUCGCGGUGAGCCCCAACCCCGGCGACAAACCCAUGACCCAGCGAGCCCUGACAAUAUUGAUGGUGGUGAGCGGCGCGGUGCUGGUGUACUUCGUCGUCAGGACAGUCAGGAUGAGAAAAAGAAACCGAAAGACUAGGAGAUACGGAGUUUUGGACACAAACAUAGAAAAUAUGGAAUUGACACCAUUAGAACAAGAUGAUGAGGACGAUGAUAACACAUUGUUUGAUGCCAAUCAUCCUCGAAGCGACAUUCAUGGCAGAUAAGAAUGUGCCUUUUGAUGAGAGGAUUUCAUCUUUCUACCAUGAAGAGCAGAAUUUCUGUGUUUAAGGAAUAAGAAGCCACUUUAUAAUUGGGGGGUAUUUAAGUUACAUAUUAUUAUGGUAAUCUUUAAUUUUCAUUGAAAUAAAUACCGGGUAAUUUGUUAUUGACUUUGUAUGUAUAGAAAAGCUCUUAAUGUGCUCAGAGUUGUUAGGAGUAAACUGUACUAUAAUAGAAAUGUUUGAAAUUACUUUAAAACAGGGUAUUUCAUGAUAAUUUUUGUUUUUUGCUUACCAUAUUAUUGUAAACUGUUUUUCUUUUCUUUUUUUAUGUACUCAUUAGUUGAUAUUAUUUUGCUAUUGUAUUUUAAAAAACUAUAAAUCCCAACAACCAACUGGUAUGUAAAAUUAGUUAAAAACUGUCUUUACCAAGAUGUUUUCCCAUUUUGUGGGGAAAAGAAACCAAAUUUAUUACUUUGCAUUUUUUUUGAUAUUAAUAAAUGUCUGAGUUAUUGUAUGUAAAACAAUAAAAGAUUUAAAGUACCUUUAAAGUGGUCUAGACAGAAUGUUUGCAUAAUAAACCCAAGAUUAUAGACUUA